GUUCAUUUCGGAAGCGGCACUCGACGAGAAGAAGACAGCAAGAAAAUCAAGAAAAUCAAGACUCAAGAAGACUCCAUCAAGAAGACUCCCCUCUGUGUAAUAGUUUAAUUAAUAGUGCCACAUUUUGUAAAUAGUUAGAAUACAAUAUAGUUCGACAGUACCAUCUUUUCUUUGAGCAGUUGCCCCCUAGCGUACACCCCCCUACCCCCUCAAUAAUACAGUCCACUGCGAUCCAUAACAAGUUCUUGGUCCAUCGUCGCCGGAUUCAAGCCAGAAGAAAGAAGAAAGAACAUAUUUAUAGAAGAAAGAACAUAAUUAUUGAAGAAAGAACAUAAUUAUUGAAGAAAGAACAUAAUUAUAGAAGAGAGAACAUAAUUACAGAAGAAAGAAGAUCAUUACAGAAGAUCUUCGAGGAAGAAAGAAGUACGUCGACGAAGAGAGAAGAUCGUCGGUGCUAACUCCUUCCUCGUUUCUUAUUUACAUCGACGUCAUAUAUAUUGUCUGUUUCCAGACAAUUCCUGUUUCUUAACCGCGUUUACGCGGCCGGGUGGUUGCUCCCUAACGGUGCCAAACAGUGACCAUCCGGUAACGCCCUUGAGGCGGGAACGGCGUCCAAUACGUGCGUCUUUUUGAAGACGAUCGGAGGUCGCAACGAGGGAUACCAUCAUGCGGAAGACAAGAAGCCAGAAGACACGGAACGACGACGAAACGCCAGUAGGAAUGCGGAUAUUCGAGGAAGCACCCGCGUCCCCGUCCGAUUAUCUCGCGUUGGCACAAGCGCCCCCCGCCGCGCCGCAGCCCCCGCUCGCGCCCGCAUCUAUGCCCGCGCCCGCGCCCGCGCCGCCGCGCCCCGCUAUGUCCGUGUCUACAACCGAUCGCCUGGGAGAAGUUAGCACAUCCGCGCCGCGCACAGAAACGCUCGCCGCGAUAAUAGAAGAUCUUCCGACUACGGAAACUAGUUCGAUAGUGCGUACCGUCGCGCCUGUAGCAGACGUUGUACAUAGGCCCGCGUCCCGCGCCCCGUCGGUCCGUUCAGUCCGUUCAGCCCGGUCGACAGCUAGCGCAGUAGCAAGAUUAAAGCAAAUCGAAUAUAAUGCCGCGGAGGAACUAGCUGCAAUUAGGAGGAAGCAAUUGCAAAUAGAGGAAGAUCUCGUCAAGAAGAAAUAUGCUAGGGAUAUCGCGCAACUGCAAGAAGAAACCGAUAGGGAAAGCCUAAACGAGGACGAAUUAGUCGAAAAUAGGGUACGCGUUGAUAGGUGGUUAGAAAACGUAGAGACUGUGCGGGGGGAGCCGCCCUACCGCCCGCCUCAGCCCGCGCCCCGCAUCGAGAUAGAGCAGGCCCCACCGAGGAGGGGAACCGGUUACGACCACGCUGAAGAUGCCCAGGGGAAGUCAGUCGCGAAUGACGUUCAACCGCGCCGCGUAAAUAGGAUACAGAGGGAUAAUGGAGUCGCCGUAGAAAUGAACCAGGUGGAUCGUCGUGUACGAGCUACGUCGCCGUCGCGCGUCCAACGCCGCACUCUAUCGCCUACACAUAGAUCGCCACAUCGCCUUACGGAUCGUAGAUUACCGUCGCCGUGUCAUAGGGAUGUAGGUGUACAUAGAUCGCCAUCGCCACAUCACCACGCGGAUCGUAGAUCACCGUCGCCGUGUAAUGAUGUAGGCAGAGAUAAAUCGCCACAUCGCCUUGCGGAUCGUAGAUUACCGUCGCCGCGUCAUAGGGAUGUAGGUGUACAUAGGUCGCCAGCGCCACAGCGUAGGCUAGAAGGAAAUAGGGAUAGAGAUAGGUCGCUCACCCCGCGAGGGAAGGAUAGGGGUAUAGAACGGCUAGCGGAAGCUUUAGAAAACAUGGUUAGAGUUAGACCAGCCGCCGCGAAACAGACGCAGGACUUGCCUAUUUUUAACGGCUCGGCCGCGGAAUGGUUAGCAUUUAAAGCCGCGAUGAAUGAAUCCACGCGUUUAUAUGGAUUCACAAAUACGGAAAAUAUGGCAAGAUUAAGGAACUGUUUACGCGGUGAGGCUAGAGAGGUAGUAUCGGCUCUGCUGUUUACCGCGAAGGAUCCAGCAGACAUUAUGCGGACACUGGAGCAGUGUUUCGGCCGCCCGGAAGUAAUUAUAGAUCGUGCGUUAGAAGAAUUGAAACGCCUUCCGCGCCCGGGUCAAACCGCCCAGGAAUUAAACUCGUUCGCAAUUAAGUUACAAAAUAUAGUGUGCAUUAUGCAAAACGUCGACGGCAAGGGUUAUUUGCGUAAUCCAAUGCUGACUAGGGAGGUUACUAGCAAACUUAGCCCUCACUUACGGUCGCGUUGGUGCGAUUAUGCGGAGCACUACGGAAGUGUGGACGAACCGGACAUCGUUACGUUAUCCCGGUUCAUGAUGAGAGAGGCUGACCGUGCGUUAAGUCAUGCCUAUACGUCCGUAGCGUCGACUAAGGAAUCGCCCGUAAGACGAGAGACGCCGCCGUCGAAAAGAAUAGUGUUAACACGCCGCGUAGAAGAUAGGGCCCGCGACGUAAAGACGUUCACCGCCCAGGAGGACACCGGUAGUGCCUCAUGCAUGUGUUGCGGGGGUGAACACCCUAUCGUCAAAUGUAAGAAAUUAGAGCAAAUGGGCUCGGACGACCGGUGGAAUUGGGUUAGGGAAGAGGGGGUAUGUUUCAGGUGCUUGAGCAGCAAGCACCGACGUAUACGCUGCAAAGCCAAGAAGUGCGGCGUCGACGGUUGUAACGCCCCCCACCACGCUCUUCUUCACACCCGCAAGGCCCGUACGCCUGCAGCGUCGGUUAAACCGGACGAAACCGUGCUCGUCGCGUCGAGUGUUAGCAGUAGUGCGCCCGUAUUGUUAAAAGUGUGUCCGAUAACCGUGCGCGGACCACGUGGAAAGGAAGUAAACACGUACGCGCUACUUGACGAAGGCUCUACGAUAUCGCUAAUCGACGACGACUUAGCUCGCGAGUUAGGAGCGGAAGGACCGAUAAAGCCGCUCAACAUUAAAGGCGUAGGUAACAGUCAACGCGAGGCUAAUAGUAGAUUAGUCAAUAUAGGGAUACGUGGCAAGACGCGCAGCGAGAUGUUUAACAUAAACGCGCGAACAAUAACCGACUUGAAGAUAGGCUCGCAGUCCGUGAGUAGGGAGUGCUUACGAUUAAAGCACUUACGUGACUUACCGAGUUCGGUGUGUUACGACGACGCGAAGCCAAGACUGCUAUUAGGCGCCGACAAUUGGCACUUGAUAAUUACCCGUGCUUUAAGGAUAGGACGUCGAAGGCAGCCUAUAGCUGCACGAACGUUAUUGGGAUGGGUAAUUCAGGGAACCGUGCCGCGGUUAACGUGUAGGGAAGACGGCGAGACCGUAUUACACGUAGAGAGCGCUAGCGGACGGUCAGAUAGGGACAUCCGAACGUUUGCCAGUCGGGACGAGGAGCUAACGGAACUCCUCAAACGGCAGUACGAGAUAGACUCUAUAGGUAUCUCGCUGAAGAGUAGGCCGCGACGGGACGAGGAGCGCGCUGUCGACAUAUUCCAGCGCACCGUCAAGAAGGUCGGCGAGCAAUACCAAGUUGGACUGCCAUGGAAGGACGACAACGUGCGGAUGCCACCCAGCUACGAGAUGGCAGCGCGAAGACUACGGACGAUCGAGAGGAAGAUGGACCAGUCGCCGGAGUUUCGUGACGCCUACACAGCCCAGAUAGACAACCUCCUGGCGAAGGGAUACGCAAGGGAAGCCGAAGGGACAGAGCGAGAGGAUCCCAAGAGCUGGUACCUGCCACACUUCGCAGUACGGAAUCCGAACAAGCCGGGGAAGACGAGAUUAGUGUUCGACGCGGCAGCGCGUGCAUCCGGCAGAUGCCUUAACGAUUAUUUACUCGACGGCCCCGACUUAUUACGGAACCUACCGGGCAUACUGUUUCGAUUUAGGGAAAACGAGAUAGCGGUGUCCGCGGAUAUUAGGGAGAUGUUCUUGCGUGUAAAGAUCGACCGUCGCGACCAGCCCGCGCAGUUGUUUCUUUGGCGAGGAGACGAGCGACGCAGCCCACCGCGGGAGUACGUUAUGACGUCAAUGAUUUUCGGUGCGAGGAGCUCGCCGUUUCUCGCACAUAGCGUUAGGGAUCAUAACGCGCGCGUACACGCAGAGACACACCCGUUGGCACUUAAUGCUAUCACACGUAGCCAUUACAUGGAUGAUUAUUUAGACAAUUAUGCCACGGUAGAGGAAGCGAUAAAUACGGCGAGGCAGGUUUCGGAAGUGCACCAGCAGGCCGGUUUCACCUUGGCAGGAUGGAACUCUAACCACGCAGCCCUGUUAGAAGACAAGCCGGAGGACUUACUGGCGCGUAAGCCCAAAGAAGUAGGCUUAAGACAAGACAGCCCAGGCAGAACCCUAGGGUUAUUAUGGAUGGCUGAUGAAGACGCCCUAACAUUCAACACGUCAAUGAAUAGGGUGCCGCAAGAAGUGAAGGCGCUACAGCGACCACCGACCAAGAGGGAAGCAUUAAGCGCGGUCAUGUCCGUUUUUGACCCGCUUGGACUGCUGAGUUACCUCACCAUCACCGCCAAGAUCCUGCUACAAGACUUAUGGCGCAUGAAGAAGGUCGGAUGGGACGACGAACUACCCGAGGAGGCAGCAGAGGAAUUCCAGCGAUGGCUGCGAGUCGUCGAGGAGGUGUCACGACUACGACUGCCAAGGUGCUAUGCUCCUACGGGGGGAGUUGUAGAGCGUCAACUUCACGUCUUCAAUGAUGCGAGCGAACGUGCGUACGCAUCCGCGGCGUAUUGGCGUAUACGAUAUCGCGACGGAACGAUUAGGGUGCGAUUAGUGGCGGCUAAGGCGAAAGUCGCCCCAAUUAAAGCGCAAAGUAUACCGCGAUUAGAGUUGCAGGCGAACUUAAUAGGCGCGCGACUCGCGGAAUUCGUGCAGGACGAACACAGAGUGGUAGCGGAUAGGGUCGUAUAUUGGACGGACUCUACUACGGCGCUCCACUGGAUACAAAACGAUACGGCGCGUUACACUCCAUACGUUGCUCACCGGUUAGGGGAGAUAGCUGAGAAGACAUCACCCGAGCAAUGGAGGUGGAUACCGACUGCGGAAAACGUAGCGGAUCAGGCAACGCGGAUGAAUUUCACAACCAAGGAAGAGAGCGACAAGUGGUUUACAGGACCACCCUUCCUCUACGAGCAUGAAGACAGAUGGCCUCACCGACAGGAAGAGAAGGCGGGGGAUGAUGAAGAGUUGGAGGAAAUCGUGGCGCACCAGAGCGACACCCAGGAAGCUCCACACCUGCCGGACAUAGAGAGAUUCUCUGCCUACGAGAAGUUAAUCAGGGCCACUGCAAGAGUACUACAAUUCCUCGAUGCGGCACGAGGAAGAGCACGAGGACUGACCUUACAGCACAUCCAGAGAGCAGAACGGAUGUGGAUAUAACGCAGCCAGCAGGAAAGCUUCGCUGAAGACAUCAGCCGCCUUCAGCGGGGAAAGAAUUUGACCACCGGCAGCGCACUAAGGAAGCUCGACCCCAUAUUGGAGGAUGGAGUGCUACGAGCCAGGGGAAGGAUCGACGCAGCCGACGUGGACGGUCAAAUGAAGAGACCCAUUAUCCUGAAUGGACGUCACCAAUUUGUGAAGCUGCUUGUGGAGAAGGCGCAUCAGGAAGCAAGCCACGCCAAUAGGGAGAGGGUGGUGAACGACCUGCGCACUAGGUAUCAUAUCCUCCGAUUACGACCUACAGUACGGGAAGCGGAGCGGAGAUGCCUGCGAUGCAGAAUACGGAAGGCGACACCACGACCUGCGGUUACAGGAGACCUACAACCUGAACGGUUAGGGGCGUUUGCGCGACCAUUUACGAACACCGGGAUUGAUUAUUUCGGGCCUCUGACGGUUACGAUAGGACGACGGCACGAAAAACGGUGGGUGGCACUGUUCACGUGCCUAACGACGCGCGCAGUACAUCUAGAGAUAGUCUAUUCUCUGACCGCGGACUCGGCGAUAUCGGCAUUGCGGCGCAUGGCGGCUAGGCGUGGGUGGCCACGGGUUAUUUAUUCGGAUAAUGGGACUAAUUUUCAUGGGACAAACACAGAAUUACGACGGGCAAUGGAAGAGUGGGCGCCGCAGUUGAAGGAUUACGCGCUGACUCGGCGCGUCGACUGGAAGUUCAUCGCACCGGGCGCGCCUAACCAGGGAGGCGCAUGGGAGCGUCUCGUGCGCUCAGUGAAGACCGCGCUCGAAGCCACUCUCCAUCAGAAAAGCCCACGAGAAGAAACGCAGGCAACGCUUCUGACUGAAGCCGAAAACACUAUAAACUCUCGACCGUUGACGCACGUACCGGUCGACAUCGACGAUGAAGAGGCGCUGACGCCCAACCACUUCCUACUGUUGGGACCAUCGGGCCUGCCAGUCACCGCGCCGUGCACACCCAUGGAUCGUCGGGAGUGGAGAGCGGCGCAGGGGCUCGCUGACGAGUACUGGAGGCGCUGGGUGAAGGAGUACCUGCCGACGCUGGUCGCGCGCGGGGACUCCAGGGAUGCUCGGCAGCGCCAAAUACAGGAAGAGGACCUCGUCGUGGUUGCAGACGGUAACCUACCCAGGAACGUGUGGCCGCGGGGCAUCGUAACGAAGACGUUUCCUGGACCAGACGGCGUGGUACGGAACAUCGAGGUCCGGACCAAAGGAGGAGUGCUGCGGCGGCCCGUCAGGAAGAUCGCCGUCCUCCCGAGAGAAGCUUAGGCUCGCAGGCUACGCCGGGGGGAGGAUGUAGCGGACAGCGAGGAGGCCGCCGCCCCGUCGCCCCUUCACACCCCGGUGCGCCCCGCGCACCCCGCACAUCGGCAGCAGAUCACGCGAUGUCGCCGACCAAUGAGCGCGCGGCAUCGCGGACGGCGCUACGCACGACCCGAGACGCUCUCCGGCGAGAUAUAAGAAGGGCGUCUCGGACGGUGCGUUGUUCAUUUCGGAAGCGGCACUCGACGAGAAGAAGACAGCAAGAAAAUCAAGAAAAUCAAGACUCAAGAAGACUCCAUCAAGAAGACUCCCCUCUGUGUAAUAGUUUAAUUAAUAGUGCCACAUUUUGUAAAUAGUUAGAAUACAGUAUAGUUCGAC